AUGUCCUCUUCCAACUUCACCCUUUCCGCACCCCCAAACACCGACAUCUGGCGCAAGCCGCCAACCACCGACAGAUACAACUGCCCCACCAGACUCAGCGACCCCAAACCCCUCAACCUCUUCAAAUCAGCCCGCAUCAGCUUCUCCGCGACCUGGAUCCAGCAAUACGACCAAGGCGGUCUGCUCCUGCAGUUCAGCCACCCCUCUGCAACCAACGUCUUCGACAAGAAAGAUUCGCCUCCCAAAUGGCUUAAAACGGGCGUGGAGUUCUAUUACGGAAAGCCGUACGUGAGUACGGUGGGCUGUGACCGAUUUGCGGACUGGAGUAUUUUUCCCGUGACGGAGGAAGGACCGGUCACGCUCGAGGCCAGACGAGAGGGAGAUGAGCAUGGGAAGUCUCUGUGGAUCUACCAGCUUGUUCUGGGGAAGGAUGGCGAGGUAGUUGAGCGGAAGCCUCUGAGGGAAGUCGGAUGGUUCUUUGCGGACGAAAAGGAUGAAGGGUGGGAGGUUGUUGUGGGCGCGUACGCUUGUAGGCCAGCAAAGGGAGAUUGCGGGGAACUUGAGGUCAAGUUUGCGGAUCUCCAGGUUGAGUGGAAGCGAUCGGUGGCAGCGGGAGAGGAUGCUUAG